AUGUCGGUUUUCUCGCUAGAUACCAGCCAUGACAACCCUGUCACGAAAGAAACUCUCGAGGCGCUAUGCUCUCAGCUUGGGGUCAGCAUCGAUGAGAAAGAGAAACAGGACUAUCGACGCUUACUUGCCGCAUUUCACGAUGCAAGCGAACUACUAAUGGCUAUGGACGACUAUGUCCCCCCAGUCGAUGAGGAACGCUUUGCCAGAGAAGAUGUUCAUUUCCCGCAAGCAUCUGAGAAUUCUCAUGGUGCAUGGGCGUGGAAGUGCAGAAUCGUUGACAAGGAAGCUAAGAGCGACGGUAAACUUUACGGCAAAACGUUCGCUUUGAAGGACAACAUUGCCGUCAAGGGCGUACCAAUGCUACUGGGUACGAACUUCGUCAAAGGCUAUGUUCCGAAUGUUGAUGCAGCUGUCACUACACGAAUCCUAGCAGCUGGCGGUGAAAUCCUCGGAAAAGCAGUCUGUGAGAACUUGUGCCAUUCUGCAACAAGCCACUCUUCGAGUACUGGAGUGGUGGAAAAUCCAUUCGCAAAAGGCUAUAGCGCUGGAGGAAGCUCGAGCGGCUCAGCUGUUCUUGUGGCAUUGGGCGAGGUCGAUGGGUCAAUUGGCGCAGAUCAGGGUGGUAGUAUCCGUGUGCCAGCCGCCAACUGUGGUAUUGUUGGCCUAAAGCCUACCUUUGGCCUUGUGCCAUACACCGGAUGUGGAAGUAACGAGCCUACUAACGAUCACAUUGGUCCAAUGACACGGACAGUAUUGGAGAACGCUGUACUUCUCGAAGCUAUUGCCGGAACGGACAAUAUUGACGAUCGUUCUUUCGCUGCACCUCACCCAUCCAAGAUACCUAUUUACAGUUCCAUCAGGAAUACUCCAAUGCACAGACCCUUGGAAGGCAAGCAAUUCGCUAUAAUUACUGAGUCGCUCUCUACACCAGCCUUGGAUCCACGAGUGGUCCAAAUCUUUCGCACCGCAGUCACCAAGUACGAAGACCUUGGUGCCACAGUCACCGAGAUCUCGAUACCGCUGCACUCAAAAGGAGCAGCGAUAUGGAAUGGCAUAUCGAAAAUCGGUGGAUUUCUCGGGAAAACCACAGGCUCGUUCGGGCGUCGCGGACACCAGAUGCUCGAGCUGAACUCAUUGUUGCAUCCCAUGGGCCAGGACAACUGGAACGAAGCAUAUGCAUCUACGAAGAACAUCUACCUCAACGGUCUGUACGCUACACAAAAAUUUCCCAACCUCCUCGCGAAAGCGACGAAUCUAUCAAGACAGCUUCGUGAUGCUUACGACGCGGCUCUGGCACAGUACGAUAUAUUGUUGACACCUACACUACCGUAUGUAGCAACGAGUCAUGCGAGCUUUGAUGCAACACCACUCGAACAGAUUGGAAAGCAGAUCGGCUUGACUUCCAACACGGCGCCGUUCAAUCAGAGUGGGCAUCCAGUGUUGGCGAUGCCGAUUGGUAUGUUGCCAGUCACGGAAGGCCCUGGAGUGGAAAAGGGAGUCGUUUUACCGGUUAGCAUGCAGGUCAUUGGAAAAUGGUGGGAUGAAGUGGGUGUUUAUGAAGCGGCGUUCGCGUGGGAGAGGGCAAGUAGCUGGAGGGGUAUGUGA